CGGCAAACUUCGCAUGGCUAUAUUAUCCGCAUUCUACAACGAAACUUACUACGGAAUAUUACUAAUUUUGUGAUGCUCUUUCAAGCUGUGAUGAAACUUUUGUCUAGACUUAUCUAGGUCAAAAUUUAGUCUAUAAUGCAAAUGGUCCAUUGCGGUGAAAAUGCUCAGUGAAACUAGCCAGUGAAUUAGGAUAUGUAUAUAGAUACAACUGCAUUUGGUUGCUAAGGUCUCGGGAACACCUGCUUGCUUAAAUGUAAACAUGUAUAUAUAUAGAACAGACAUCCUUAUACCGUAAUUAAAUCUUCUUUUAAACUGCUGUUAAAUUACGUGUAUCGGAUACUGUGACUGAAAUUUGUGCAGAAGAAGCUACGGAAUUUGUGCUAUCAAUGCGUCGAUCAAGUUUACCGAAUGUGAAAGGUAGGAAUAAUGAACUUCUUUUAAAUUCUAGUUAAUUUUUGGACAUCUGAUUCUAUACAGCGUAUGUCGUACAUCGUAAAUACAAGUUACGGAGUAUGUACUACUUUUGAGAUCUACAAGUGGGACUAGUUAUUUCCACUCUAUAGGACUGCCUAAAUGUAGCAUUUUUCGAAUGUCAAUGUUGGUUUAUUUCUCAGCUUAGUUUUGAUUUGAUUUUUGGUAUCAUUUAAUUAUUGCUGAUGUAGCCAAAUAUACAAAUAUGUCAUUAUGAUAUGAUUUUAACGUUAUAACGUAGUUUUUUUAUGCUACUAAAAACCCUGUUUUAAAAAGGCGGAUUGACUUGUAGAGAUGUAUACUAAUCGCUAUUAAACAGGAUCGUUAGAUUUAUGGAAUUACUUUAAGUUUACUUUAAUUUAAUUUGUAAGCAAGAUUUUUUUAGUACUUCAGCAUAGUCUAUCAAGAGAUGAUGGACUGGGAACUAAACGGAAGUCAUCGUAUUAUGUUUUUGUCUAAGUUUAUGUGAAUUAAAAUGAAGUAAUCGCCCGAUAGGGAUAGCUGAGAUGAAACGUGCAACCACGAUGAAUAAUAUUUAAUGAAGUUUGUGAUGUUACUCUGAGUGUAUAUCCACACCGUGCAAGCUUGAAAAAUAUGCCUGGCCACGGUACGAAUCGAACCUACGACCUUUGGAAUACUAGCCCAAUACUCGAACCGACCUGACCGUUGGCAGAGCAUUGGGCUAGUAUUCCAAAGGUCGUAGGUUCGAUUCCCACCGUGGCUAGGCAUAUUUUUCAAGCUUUCCCGGUGUGGAUAUACACUCAGAGUAACAUCACAAACAUAUUAACCUGAGUACAUUAUACCAACAGAGACAAAAUAAAAUUUAAUGAAGUUGAGACAAAGGAUUUGUUCACGAUGAGGUACAUUUCAACAUCAAACAAAGCUCUUCUAUUUUGUAGCUUUGAAGUUUCCCAGGCUUCCAGACCAACAUAUCUUAACAGACUAUGGUUUGAGAUUUAUAAUAAUAAUAGGGAUAUGCUAUUGCAAUAACAAAUAUUCUUACUCGCCAUGUAAAGCUACAAAGAACUUAGAACUCUAUCUUAACAGAUUUCUAUCCUUUAUCUUUCAGACAAUUUGGUUAUAACUCGACCCAAUGUUCGAUUUCCACAGUCUCCGAAUGUCUCACGAUCGUGGGAACCUCGAGACGUCGUCGCCCGAGUACGUGCCGAAGAGCGUUUGGCGAGGUCGGUCGGUGAUCGGGGAGAGGAAAGGAAAGUCUUGGAGUGGUGUAAGAAGCACAACGUGAACGUCAUCCGUAAAUUGCCUAAAUUGGAUUCAACCAUUCUCGUGAGUAAACUGAACGGAAACUUGUUGGGUUUUUCUAUUGGAAGGUCUAUCAGUUCUAAAGUAUUCUCCCUGGAGGUCCACUAAGGAUCAUCUCUUGUUGAUCCAGUGUUUCUACAGGAGGAAACCCAACCAAAUUAACUUUAUUUAUACUGGAUAGCUCUAUCAGUUCUAAACUGUUCUUCCCAGAGGUCCAGUAUAAGAGUCGUCUCUUAUUGAUCCAGUGUUACUACAGGAGGAAACCUAAACUAAACUAACUUUAUUUAUACUGGCCAGCUCUAUCAGUUCUAAACUGUUCUCCCUAGAGGUCCAAUGAGGACCAUAUCUUAUUGAUCCAGUGUUACUACAGGAGGAAACACAACCAAACUAACUUUAUUUAUACUGGGUAGUUCUAUCAGUUCUAAACUGUUCUUCAUGGAGGUCCAGUAAGGUUCAUCUCUUAUUGACCCAGUGUUACUACAGGAGGGAACCUAAACUAAACUAACUUUAUUUAUACUGGAUAGCUCCAUUAGUUCUAAACUGUUCUUCCUAGAGGUCCAAUAAGGACCAUCUCUUAUUGAUCCAGUGUUACUACAGGUGGAAACCCAACCAAAUUAACUUUAUUUAUACUGGAUACUGUAACAGCAAUGCUAGAAUCUUAGCUUGGAAGACAACGUCCAUCUUUUAACAAUCGUACAUUUUCUUCUUGUUCAGACUUCAAGAGGAAUGAAUACAGAAAAGUUCAUGAGUUUUGUCGAUGAGGCGAAGAUGGUUGAAAGAGAGCAACCAGUGAAACCACCCGACUAUAGCAAGGUAGAGUUGGAAGAAUCGAUACACAAAGAAAGCUAGUUCUCAUGGCUGUUUUUCGCUAUUGACAGUGAGAAAAUGUUCAUUCUUUAAGUCUACUACUCUAGACUUAGAAAUGAAAGAAAUUCUGCACUGUUUCGCAAAUUUUUUCCUCGAGAUCCUUUCUUUUUGUUGCUAAUUAUAUACUUUGCGAAAGUCUAGUAACACUCUUAUAUGUGAAGGCAAUCGAUAGAGAUUUAUAUCAAUCUGCUUGCUUCUAUAAAAGUUUCAACAAGUUCAUCAAUGAUAGUAUUUUUUUUAUUUUUUUAUUUUAAAACAGGAAAGAACUCCUUCUGCGGAACAUCGUGAAGAAUUCUGCAAAUUCUGCGAAAGAGAACUCCCGAAGAAAAAACGACGGCGUCGGAAUCCAAAGAGUCCUUACGAGUGUGAACAUUGUGGAACAUCGAAUGACAUCUACGACGACAGCGACGGAAACAUCUCGGAGUCGGAGAGCGAAGAUAAUCCGGCAGUUUCCGAGAGUGUACGAGACACAAUACGACGGGGAAACACUGAGGAAGUUAUCGAUCAUCGGACUUUCUUGGAAAGUUAUGAAAAAUCUGAGAAUUUUUCUCAGAAACUUGAAACUGAUAUCGACAAUGAUGAUAGUGAUAUAUUUUGGAGAAAUGAGUCCGAUUUUGAUAGCUUUCAUGGAAAUUUCGAAGAGCAAAUGAAUCUGAAUGAUAAUGAAGAUGGUUAUAAUGGUACAGUAUUUCUCACGGAGACCACGCUUGGUAACCAUGGCAACAAACCUGUUGAAGUCAAAAUGGCGUGGGAUGACGACAGCAGUAAUCAGUUUGCGGAAAUUAGCAGAACAAUCGCUACGGACGAUGGGAUAGAAGCUGAUGAUGUCACCUCGCAGGAGAGUUUUGACGUCACUUCAGAGAGGAGCCGUUCUAGAAAUUCAGAUGAUUUUGAGAAAUCUGAGUCAAAUUGUGAGAAUUUAGAGAAUCUGUUUCCAGAAAGUGACUCAAAGCCCAGGCUUAGUCCAACUCCGCCUUCUCAUAAGAGGCGUGGGAGUUCUCCGAGAACUUUUCGCUUUGGUGAUCACCACAGGAGCAGCAGUUCAGGAGAGGUUCACGUGACCACUCUAGCUGGAGAGAGUGAAUCCAAUGAUAUGACUCAGUCUCCCAUUGCAAACCGUUCUGUAGGUUUAACCAGGGUGGCGUUGAUGAGACUGGGUAGACAAGGUCGUGCGAGGACAAGAGGAUGUAGAAGCUCGCCUGGUACGCCACAACAUGUCGCCAGAACAGAGGUAUGUAGGAUCUCCUCCAGGUGAUCUCGGAACUCGGAAAAGACCUGGCACUAGUUGUAGAAUAGAAAUCUAUUUCUGGUUUAAUUAAAAUUACUCAAUAUCUCAUCAACGGUAUUAGAUUUAUGUUUCAAAACAGACACAAAGUUUCAAACAGUUUCACAAAAGAAUCAGGGCGUGACAAGCGAUUAAAGGUACGAAACUGGAUUUCUAUUCUGUUGCUAGUCCCAGUCCUUUUGCUCAAUGUCAGAUCACCUGGCUGGUGCAAGGAUGCAAAAAAUCUUAUGUUUCGUCUUAUGUGUUGAGGAUAACCACAAACACAGUUUUUAUCAGUUUGUGGUAUGAUACAUCACUUCGCUAGCAGAGGUACAUGUGCAGUCUUCAAUUGCCCUUUAUAAUUUGAAUCUAUUUUUCAAAGCUUAAAGCCUAGUUUCCAUUUGGUCGUUAGUUGUCGCUGGCACGACAAGCGGUAGAUGUGAAAUAGUCUAAUAUAAUAAUAGUCCUUUGUGUGUUAUAUGCAAAUCAUCCUUAAUGAUUGCAGAGUUUUAUAAAGUUUUGUUGACACUCUAUUACUAUUGAUAACUGAAACUCUUAUAUUGAUAAACCUAUGCAAUUCAACUAACAUGGUGUUUGUAUUUGUUUUUCAGGAACCGCGAUCUCAUUCGUACGAUCCUCAUGACUCCUAUUCGUUUCUCGAUGCGGUUAGUCCUGAAAUCAAAUCAGUUCACGAGCGCCAGAAUCGACCAGAUUCUGCUGAUUCUCAAAAUUCAUAAGAGCCGGACUGGUUAUAAGCUCGAGUGAUGGGUUGUCUGCAUGUGUGGCUGUGAAUGGAAUACAAUGCUGACUGACCUACAAUGGUCUAUGACUAUCCCUAAUCAUUCCACGCGAUCCAUCCUACCCUUAAAUUAAUCCUAAUUCUUGCAAUCCGAAUAUCUUAUACUAAAAUAUGACUAAACCAAAGAGUGAACGAUGGAAUAGUGUAAUAACUCUUAAAAGAGGUUGGAGUUUGUCACACUAUUUUAACACAAUUCUGACACGAAAUAUUUCCAAACGAAAAAGAAUCGUUCGAGUUCCUUCUGUGAAAUAACUCGUUUACUUUUAAUCCUUAUCGGAGCUAAGUACUCUUCUUUCGCGCUGAGAACUAUAAUUAUAUAAAGACAAUGUUUUUUAUUCGUUUGAAGACCUAUGUUUUUAUUUAGCAACAGUUACAAUUGCAGGUAUUUAAAUUCCAGCUGUCUCGAGUUUACAUAUCAUUUGAAUAUGCAAUAGCGACCUGCCGAAAUAUAUCCGAUGCCAUGUACCAUUCCGUUUCAAAAUCGCCAUUGCCGGAAUUUUUGGUGUUGUAUCUUUUGCGAAAUUCAUCAACCCAGUCAUGAGAAUCAAUUUCUCUCGUUGGCAAUGGCGAUGCUUGUUCUCCUGAAGACGAAUUUCCAUUUUGAAUUGAGCCAGCCUCAUUAUUUUCCAAAGAUGAAGCCCGUUUCUUUUCAGCAAAAGCUAUUUUCUUUUGUAUUCUUCUUAAAGUGUCUUCGGGCGCUUUUAAUUUCUUUGUUGGACAAACGUCCUGAAGCUUGUAAGGUGUUUCCAAAAUCUGUGGCCUUAUCUUGUCAUUCAUUACACAUUAUAAAUAAUAUGGCUGAAUAUAAUUUAUUUCACGUUGUAUAUGGCUCUACUUUAGUUAACAUAUUCGUCUUUCAUUUCAGAAUUCAGUUUCUUCCACCCCUCCGUUCCAUUCUCUUCUUAUUUUAUUGUGCAACUUUUGUGUACAAAAACUUGAAGUUUAAACUUAUAUUUUACACUCAAUUAAUCGUUUCGGUUUUGCCUUUGAGCACAGCAAACAUCAAACACUGCCAAGUUUUGUGACUUU